ACUCUCUCCAUUCCAUUGCCAUUCCGGUCUGCUGCUCCCUCCUUCGUGUGACCAAUAUGGCUGAGUUUGGGCAUCUCGCCCGAGGAGUUGCAGCGAUACUUUGCCUGUUGAUUUUCCAUGUAGCACCGUCCGAAUUGGAUUCCCUUGCUCAAGCGAGGAUAUCAGGUGGUACUGGAGUCUGCAUCAGCAGGGAGCGGGAUGCGCUUUUGUCCUUCAAGGCAGGCCUUCUGGAUCCUGCUGGCCGUCUCUCGUCAUGGCAUGGCGAAGAUUGCUGUCAGUGGGAGGGAGUCAGGUGCAGCAACAGAACAAUCCAUGUCGUCAGGCUCGACCUCCGCAAUACGCAUCACAACGACAAUAACAGCCUGAGCCUGUCGAACGACGAGAUGAGCCCCUCUUUGGCUUCUUUACAACAGUUGAGAUACCUUGAUCUGAGUUGGAACUACUUCAACUACACUAGCAUACCUGUGUCCAUCGGCUCUCUCAGAAACCUAAGGUACCUCAACCUCUCGUCAUCACAUUUUGGUGGGACAAUACCUUCCCAACUCGGCAAUCUCUCAAAUUUAAAAUAUCUCGAUGUUUCUGGGUUUUACGGUGAUCUGCAAGCGGUGGAUCUUGCAUGGUUGUCACGUCUAUCACUGUUGAGUUAUCUUGACUUGAGCCAAGUGGAACUUCAUGAUGUGCGGGAUUGGGUUCACAUGGUUAACAUGCUUUCUUCUCUCAAAGUACUCCGCUUAAGCUUUUGUAACCUAAUUUCCAGUAGUGCAGUAUCUGCUUCUUCAAAAUCAAACCUCAUACAUCUCCAAGUCCUCGAUCUAUCAGGCAACUUAUUUAGCACACCACUGGAAUACAACUGGUUUUGGGUUCUCACAAGCCUUAAGGAACUUCACCUCUCUUCUUGCGAAUGGCAUGGAUCUAUUCCAGAAGAACUGGGAAACAUGACGUCCCUUGAAGUCAUAGAUCUUAGUGAAAAUUAUAUCAUGGGUUUGAUACCAAGUAACUUACAAAAUUUGUGCAAUUUGAAAGUUCUGCAGUUUGAAUAUAACAACAUUCAUGCGAGCAUAGGGGAGUUCAUGGAUCGAUUGCCAAGGUGCUCAUGGAGUACAAUACAAGUAUUGUCAAUGCGUAAUGCAAAUAUGUUUGGAAAACUACCAAUUUGGAUUGGGAACAUGACCAGUCUCAUUGCUCUUGACGCUAAUUAUAACAUGAUAGCUGGUACUGUACCACUGGGAGUUGGAGCACUUGGUAACUUGACAGUGUUGGAUCUCAGUUACAAUAAUCUCGAUGGUGUGCUCAUGAAGGAGCAUUUUUCAGGCUUACUGAAUUUAGAGUCUCUGGACUUGUCGUAUAACUCCUUGAAAAUGGAUAUUGAACCAAAUUGGGUUCCUCCAUUUAGACUAAAGGACAUAAACUUCCAGUCAUGCCCAGUUGGCCCCCGUUUUCCAGAUUGGCUUAGAUGGCAAAGCGACAUUGAUUUUCUUCUUCUCGGUAAUACAAAUUUGGAUGAUGUUAUUCCUGAUUGGUUCUGGGUGACAUUUUCUCGAACGUCAGUCUUAGAUGCAUCAGGAAACAUGUUGCGUGGUACAUUACCGACAAAUCUACAGCACAUGUCUGCCUAUCGUAUAUAUCUGGGAUCCAAUAAUCUUACAGGUCUAGUUCCACGGCUCCCAAUAAAUAUAUCAAGGUUGAAUCUGUCUUCGAACUCUUUCUCAGGGUCAUUGCCCUCAGAUCUGAAAGCUCCACUACUUCAGGAGUUGUUAAUCGCAGAUAAUCAAAUUACGGGCACCAUUCCAUCAACUAUUUGCCAAUUGACUGGUCUGAGACGGUUGGACCUAUCGGGAAAUAGUUUAACAGGAGAUGUUAUGCAGUGCUGGAAGGAGUCAGAUAACAAUUCUUCAGUAUUCAGCUUAAAUUCUGCAGAUCACUUUGGUUCUAGCCUGUAUAGUCUAGCCUUGAGCUACAAUGAUCUAUCAGGUGAAUUCCCUAAAUUUCUUCAGGGUGCAUCACAAUUAAAGUUCCUUGAUCUUUCAUACAAUAGAUUCUUUGGAACAUUGCCAAAGUGGUUACCAGAAAAAAUGCCACAAUUGCAAAUCUUGAGGGUGAGGUCAAAUAUGUUCAGUGGUCAUAUUCCUGACAAUCUCACUAGCCUUGAUGGUCUUCGUUAUUUGGACAUAGCCCAUAACAAUAUAUCAGGAACCAUACCAUUGUCGCUAUCAAACUUGAAAGCAAUGACACACAUAUUAUAUAGUAGUGCAGAUGACUAUGUUUUCGAGGAGAGCAUACCAGUAAUAACUAAAGGCCAAACACGUGAAUAUACCUUUAAAGUCUACCGCCUACUGGUGAAUCUUGAUCUAUCAUGUAAUAGUUUAACAGGACAGAUUCCAGAGGAGAUAAGUUUUCUGAUUAUGCUCACCAAUCUGAACUUAUCAAGUAACCAGUUGAUCGGCAAAAUCCCAAAUCAGAUUGGUGACCUGAAGCAGUUGGAGUCCCUGGAUUUAUCCUACAACGAGCUUACCGGUGAAAUCCCGUCGGGUUUGUCAGAUCUGACCUCUCUGAGCUACUUGAACUUGUCAUACAACAACUUGUCAGGCGCCAUACCGUCCGGGCCGCAGUUGCAAACUCUUGACAGACAGAUUGACAUCUAUAUCGGCAACCUGGGUCUCUGUGGCUACCCUCUCUCGAAGAACUGCUCUACUAGUACUACUGGUGCAGGGCAAAGUGUUGGUCAUGAAGAUGCAGAUCAUGUUGUGCCUCUCUACCUUGGGAUGUGCAUAGGAUUUGUGGUGGGUCUUUGGACUGUAUUUUGCACAAUGUUAACGAGGAGAGCCUGGGUGAUUGCUUACUUCCAGAUCAUUGACAAGCUGUAUGACAAGGUUUAUGUACGGGUGGUUAUAGCUUGGGCUCGCAUGAUGAAGAAAACAUGCGAUGGCGCAGCGUGAGGAGCCCACGGCAUAUGGUUGAAUUGCUCAACCUUCCUAUAAUGUAUUGUUGCUUUGUGAUUUGGAGUAAGUGGUGCUAUAGUGUGUGUACUGCUGCUUGUCUGUACUACUCCUGGUGUCCUCCAUCACCAUAUAUUGUAUGGUUCGAAUCAAGUGGAAAUAUUCCCAUGUCAGUUUAUAAGAUGCCUUGUUCUGUAAACACCGAUUUGUAGUUCUGAUUAUAAACAACGUAACCGCACAC